CAGCUCGCAAAGAAUGCAGUGACGUGGGUUGUGAAAAAGGUCCAAAGGUGACUUACGUGCCCCCGCCUCCACCUGAUAAUGAACAAGCCAUCUUUGCACGUUAUCAGAAAGGAAUUAAUUUUGACAAGUAUGAUGAAAACAUUGUGGAAGUGUUGGGACUUGACUGUCCAGCACCAUUGAGGAAUUUCGAAGAAGCUAACCUCCCUCAGACUUUAAACAUGAAUGUUGCUAAAGCAGGAUACUGUAAACUUACUCCAGUGCAGAAGUACAGCAUUCCUGUUAUACUGUCAGGAAGGGAUUUAAUGGCAUGUGCCCAGACAGGAUCAGGAAAAACUGCAGCUUUUCUUCUACCAAUUGUGGCCCACAUGAUGAGAGAUGGCGUAACUGCUAGUAGCUUUAAAGAGCAGCAAGAACCAGAAUGUAUUAUUGUCGCCCCAACUAGAGAACUGAUAAAUCAGAUCUUCUUAGAAGCGAGGAAAUUUGUGUACAGAACUUGUAUAAGGCCUGUUGUGAUCUAUGGAGGUACACAAACAGGCCAUUCAAUUCAUCAGGUAAUGCAAGGCUGUAAUAUACUGUGUGCCACUCCAGGAAGGCUUCUAGACAUCAUUGGAAGAAAGAAGAUUGGUUUGCAUAAUGUGAAAUACUUGGUGCUAGAUGAAGCGGACCACAUGCUUGAUAUGGGUUUUGGGUUAGAUAUGAAGAAGCUGAUUUCUCACCCAAGCAUGACACCGAAAGACAAACGUCAAACAGUAAUGUUUAGUGCCACUUUUCCUGAAGAAGUUCAGAGGCUGGCUAGUGAAUUUUUGAAAAGUGAUUAUUUAUUUGUUGGUGUUGGAUGUGUGGGUGGAGCUUGCAGUGAUGUUCAACAAAGUAUUCUUCAGGUUCCUCAGUAUUCCAAGAGGGAUAAACUGAUAGAAAUUCUGCAAAGCACAGGUCAUGAGCGAACCAUUGUGUUCGUGGACAAAAAGAAAAAAGCAGACUACAUUGCAGCCUUUCUUUGUCAAGAAAAAAUACCAGCCACUAGCAUCCAUGGAGAUAGAGAACAGAGAGAGAGAGAAAUAGCUCUUCAGGAUUUUCGUUCUGGAAGAUGUCCAGUCCUUGUAGCAACGUCAGUGGCAGCAAGAGGUCUGGAUAUUGAAAAUGUUCAACAUGUUAUAAAUUUUGAUCUUCCCUCCACCAUUGAAGAGUACAUACACAGAAUUGGACGAACUGGUCGUUGUGGAAAUACAGGCAAAGCAGUUUGCUUCUUUGAUGACAUUUCAGAUGGCCAUCUUGCACAAUCUCUAGUUAGAGUGCUUUCAGAGGCCCAGCAGGAAGUUCCUGUUUGGUUGGAAGAAAUGGCUGCUUUUGGUGGUCAAGGAGGAAAUCUUGUUACACCAGUUAAUACCGGAAAG